AUCAGCGCUGGAGAGCGAGAGAGCACAAUCAGUCACACGGAGAGGAGGAGGGAGAAGACUCCGAUUAGGGGCAGAAACCAGACGCAGAGUUAGCCAAGGAGGAACUGAGACCUGGGGCCAUCUUUCUUUCCUAAACCUGUGAAGAGAGAAACCAGCGGGAGGGAGCGGACCUGAGAGAAAAGAGGAGAAGACGACAAAAAAAACCCCAACAACAAACAGAGCAGAAGAAAGAGAAACAGAGGUCGGCGAGCAGGAGUGCCAACGGGAUUACUGGAGCGAGAAGGGGGGGGAUCCCAAAACGCCAGAGAGAGAGAGAGAGAGAGAGAGAGAGAGAGAGAGCGAGAGAGAGAGGAAGCAAGCCAAGGAGUCAACAAACGAGAGGAGAGAGAGAGAGAGAUAACAGGGGCCUGCUCAUCACUGCAUGUGCGAGUCGGUGUGGGAGCCACCGAGCCCGUGUGUGUGUGCGUGUGUGCGCGCUGUUGCGUUUAAGACUGCGAGAGCAGGUGCAAGUUUAAUGGGACAGUGAGCAAUGCCUACCAGCACGCCAGGACAGCCGGUCGGCAGCAGGGGGCGAUGCACACCUCUGCACCUCCACCCCCUCCUCCUCCUCCUCCUCCUCCUCCUGGCCCACACCACCAGCAGACCCGCCCAGGCUGCCAUCGACAUUCCCCCGAACUACCAAAUACCCGACUUUAAAAAGCCUCCAGAGAUCACUGCCCAGCCAGAGUCAAUCACUGCCUUCUCGUCAGACAUCAUGCUUACCUGCGAGGCUUCUGGGAAUCCCAAGCCCACUUUCCGAUGGGUAAAAGACGGAGUAGAAUUCGACCUCUCCAGUGACCCUGAUCUCAAGGUGUCGACAGGUUCCGGAACAUUUUCGGUCGCCGCGGAAGACCAGCCCAUCAGCCAGUACAGUGGCAACUACACGUGUUUCGCCUCUAAUGAGCUUGGCACGGCCGUCUCCAACGAGGUCCAGAUCACUACGGAGAAUCCUCCCACUAUGCAGAAAGAGAAGAAGGUCCGGUUGAAGGUAGAGGCAGGAGAGAGUGUAGUCUUGCGCUGCAAUCCUCCAGCCAGUAUCAUUCCUCCAAACAUCCACUGGAUGGACGACAAAUUGCAUCACAUUAAGCUUAAUGAGCGUGUGGUGCAGGGCCUGGAUGGAAACCUGUACUUCGCCCACACCAAGGUGGAGGACAGCCGCAAUGACUACACCUGCAACAUGCGCUACGCCCGCACCAUGUUCUCCAAAGAGCCCAUCACCCUCGUUGUUAACCCCUCUAAUUCAGUGGUGCGGAACCGAAGGCCUCAGAUGCUGAGACCCACAGGCUCCCAGAGCUCACACCACGUCCUGCGGGGUCAGACCUUGAAGCUGGAGUGUAUCGUCCAGGGCCUCCCAACCCCCACCGUCCAGUGGGUCAGGAAGGAUGGGGAGAUGUCGGAGUCGCGCAUCCUCAAAAUGAACAACGGCACCCUGCUGCACUUCAGCGACGUCCAGGAGGGCGAUGGGGGCCAGUACCAGUGCACGGCCAGUAACUCCCAGGGCAUGGCCACUCACGUCUACUCCGUCUCUGUGGAGGCGGCGCCGUACUGGAAGAAAGAGCCACUGAGCCAGCUGUAUGCCCCGGGAGAGACGGUGCGUCUGGACUGCGAGGCCGAUGGCAUUCCCCGUCCCCAUGUGGCCUGGAGCAUUAAUGGAAAUCCUCUCUCAGACAUAGAUCCAGACCCCAGGCGCAGCGUGCAAGCAGGUGUCCUCAGCCUGAAGAACGUGGACUACAGCGACACAGCUGUGUUCCAGUGCAAGGCCACCAACAAGCAUGGCAGCAUUGUGACCAACACCUACGUCUACGUUAUCGAGCUGCCUCCACAGAUCUUGACUCCAAACGACAAGAGGUACACGGUCAUUGAGGGACAGAAGGCAGAGUUGGAGUGCAAGAGCUUUGGCUCGCCGCGGCCUGUUGUGAUAUGGGAGAACGAAGACUUGGAUUCCCCACUGUCGCCCCCGCGAGUGACUCAGUUGAGUCGAGGUGCUCUCCAGAUCGCUAACGUGUCCAGCAGUGACGGCGGCCUCUACACCUGUUCCAUCCCCCAGGCCAACAUCUCCAUCAGCGCCAUGCUGGAAGUGUUCAACAGGACAGAGAUCAUCUCCCCGCCCUUGGAGCUGCGUGUUCAGCGGGGCAAGCCGGCCAUCUUCACUUGCAUCGCCAAGGUGGACCCCAGGCUGGACCACCAGCUGUUGUGGCGGCGGGGUCGCCAGAAGCUGAUGGGCUCGUCCAUCGACGACAAGUACACAUUUGAGGAUCCCGACCUCAUCGUGGCAAACGUCCAGGAGGAGGAUAAGGGGGAAUACACCUGUGAGAUCAUCACAGAUCUGGACACGGCAAAGGCCAUUGGCUCCAUCACCAUAGUUGACUUUCCGGACCCCCCAUCUCGGCCUCAGAUCAGCAACCCGAAGGCCCGCAGUUUGACGCUCAGCUGGACUCCAGGAGACAACCACAACAGCCCUGUCAUAGAGUUUGUGGUGGAGACUGAGGUGACGGGGGUGGAGACGGACGAUUGGGAAGUGUUGCUGCGCGUGGCGGGCGACACACUGCGUGCCAACAUCCCCCUGCGACCUUUCUUGUCCUAUCGCUUCCGGGUCCUCGCCAUUAACGACGUGGGGAUGAGUAAACCAAGCCCAGCCUCAAAAGCCCACUCUACCCCUGCAGCAGCGCCAGAGAGCAAUCCUGUGGGUGUGCGGAGUGAGUCUGUGGACCCCGAUACGCUUGUGAUCUCAUGGGAGGAGAUGGACAGGCAGAGCUUCAACGGGCCUGAGUUCCAGUACAAGGUGAUGUGGAGACGGGUGGUGGGCGCUGGCCCCAGGUGGUCUUUCAACUUCACCACGGAGCCGCCGUACGUGGUCAACCGGGUCGGCAACUUCACCGCCUUCGACAUCAAAGUGCAGGCGGUCAACGAACUUGGCCCAGCUCCGGACCCGGUGCCCACAAUUGGCUACUCUGGGGAAGACGUUCCCCUGGAGGCUCCCAUGGAUGUCGGAGUGGCCUUGAUAAACAGCACGACCAUCAAGGUCACCUGGGCCGCCGUCAACAAGGAGACUGUCAGAGGUCACCUGCUUGGCUACAAGAUCCACCUGCGAAACCACGGGCCUCAGACCCGGCACCACCGCGAGCAGCCGGCCCGGCGGGAGCGUGAGCUGCCCAGGGAGGUGGUGGUGGCCACGGGCCCCAACGAGCAGAAGAGGAUGGUGGGGGACCUGCAGCCAUACUCGCGCUACACUAUUAGCGUCAGCGUCUUCAACAGCAAAGGAGAGGGACCAGCCUCCGAGCCUUUCAGCUUCCACACGCCAGAGGGAGUUCCCAGUCCACCAGUCUCCCUUGAGCUGGACAGCCCAUCCGAGACGGAGAUGACUCUGCACUGGAAACCUCCUGCCCAGCCCAACGGAGUCCUGCAGGGCUACCUGCUGCAGUACCAGAGGAUUGUGGUGACUGAGGAUAGCCCUAUGCAGGUUGUGUCCAUUGACGACCCCGAGGUCACCAGCGAGACCCUAAAGCAGCUGGACCCACACAGCCGGUACCGUUUCCAUGUGCGGGGGCGCACUAGUACAGGGGAGGGUCAACCCGCAACUAGGGAAGGGGCCACAACACUGGAUGGAGCUCCUCCGGCCAACAUAAACAUUUCUGUCGGAGAGACGUUUGUGAACCUCAGCUGGCCCUCAGGGGAGAGACACAGGAGCGUGGGCUUCCACGUCCGCUACCUCAGUAAGAACGGCUGGGGGAAGGGGUGGACGGCGUCGGAGAGGCUGGACUCUUCUCAGUCCUUCUACCAGCUGCAGGGCCUGCAGCCGGGCUCCCAGUAUCGGCUGGAGCUCAUCUACAACAACACGGCCUACUGGGACAGGGAGAUCCAGACAGAGGGGGCAGGCGUGAUGCAGGUGCAGUCAGGCUUCGCCACGGAGGGCUGGUUCAUCGGGCUGGUGAGCGCCAUCGCACUGCUGGUGCUGCUUCUGCUCAUCCUCUGCUUCAUCAAGAGGAGCAAAGGGGGGAAGUACUCAGUCAAAGAUAAAGAAGAGGGUCACAUAGACUCUGAAGCCCGACCCAUGAAGGACGAAACAUUUGGAGAGUACAGAUCCCUAGAAAGAAGUGACAACGACGAGAAGCGCACAGCCAGCCAACCGUCCUUGUGCGACGACAGUAAGCUGUGCAGCGACGACGGCAACCUGGACGACUACGGCAACAGCCACAGCGUGCAGACGGAGGUGAUCAUGGAUGAGUCGCUGGCCAGCCAGUACAGUGGCGGCGGCGGCGGUAGUGGAAUCCGCGACGGGCCCGAGACCGAGGCCCCAGGCGGCUCGCCACCACUCGCCCCGCCCGCGUACACCCCCACCAAUCACGGGCUGCCAAUCUCAUCGCCCCUCUUAGAUUAAAGGGAUAGUGUGCUAAAAGUCCAGACCAAACAUGACAUCACAGUUGUCCCCGCUAUCCCAUACUGACUACUGAACUAUCCCAAUUGACCCAUCUGAGCGUCCAACUGGAGGCAGACACCAGUGCAUGCGCAAACAUACCUGAUGCCAAGUUGUUAGCAGACACACUGCUACUGAGUUUAAUGCACUGCGACUGACUUCAGACUGUUUAGACAUAACCUAAACGUAGACCCGCACUGACUCCAUACACAACCAACACUCUCAAGCAGAGUAGUUACAGACUGAUGUAAGACACAGACAAACACACACACACACACACACACACAAAUACAAAUACACGCAUGCACAGGUGCACACAUAUGAACACACAUACACAGACACAAAACACAAACACUAUGCAAACAAACAUAUACACAGACAGACAGACAGACAUACACACACACACACACACACACACAUAUGGGCACACACACACACACAGACACAGCCACUUCAAAAAUGACCGUCUUGACAUGUCCUGAUGUUGACUUUGUUGUUUCUGUCUGUGUGUCCAGCGCAGGAGGUUACAGUUCUGACUGACUGACCGCCACUGACAUCUACUCCUCUCCUCCAUCUCAUUCAACCCAUUCGAAGGGACAUCUCCAUCAUGUGACAGAGCAGUUGAGCCCUAUGCUGGACACCAUAUGCAGCGACAGGGCCUCGGCUGCGAACAGGUUUAGGAGGGUGGUAGGGGACAGUGGGACAGAGAGCCAUAGAACGUGGGCCUUAAAUAACCUGAUAAGUGCAUCAUGCAAGCAUACGGACAGCACAAGUUAUAAAAUGUGAGAUUUAGCUUACUUCGCCAGUGUAUGCUACCAUGUCAUUAUCUCAGCGCAAGGACUUUUAACUACAGCCGUCCGUAAUGUUGUUUUACUGACUUAUAAUUUAUUUUUUUACUCCGAAUGCAUUGUUUUAUUUUCUGAAUCAUCCCUUUCGAUAGUUUGCUUUAAUUUUCCAAGUACCUCAAGGAACGAGAAAAAAAGAUUCAAAAAACAUUACUCAAAUGAAGCUACAUAUUGUACAUAGUUAGGAUGCAAGAGAAAACUUUGACAUGAGAAUACUUUAUAGCAAGCUGUACAUAGAGUCACAUGUAUUGAUUUAACCAUAAAGUACAGUAUUAUAGACAUAGGCGUCAUCCCUUAUCGGUUGCUGUGCCUGCUGACAUUCCCAAAUGGCUCCUGAAAAGCAAAUGCAUCUCAUCUUCUAAAUCAUUCAUGUGGUGUCAGGUACCAUACUGUCACUUCUUUUGUGUAGUCCUCUGUGUCUGUCUCUGUCUGUUUCUAUUGUAUACUGAGCUGUGUAUUAAACAAUGUGUACUGACAAA